AGAUUUCACCUCGAGUUCCAGCUCUAAGCGCGUCACUUUUUUUCGAUUUAAAAUAUUUCAAACGUAAAUUUGGGCAUGAAAAGCGAACCCAAUUGUGAUAGAAACUAGAAAACAUAUCCCAAAAAAGCAGUUGCAGUAUUAACCCAAUCAUUCAGUGUUUGCGGAAAGUUGAACGGUUUGAAUCCGAAGAAGCCGCUUUUGCCGGUCCAAAAAAGGACGCCAAAUUUUGCACCCUUGCGCUGCGAAUUCCAUUAGUCCGUAACUCCAUCACAUACCAGGUAGCAUACCGAUACCAUGAGCAAGGAAAUCUACUACUCGGACAAGUACUACGACGAGCAGUUCGAAUACAGACAUGUGGUUUUGCCCAAGGAACUGGUGAAAAUGGUGCCCAAAACCCAUCUGAUGACGGAGGCCGAGUGGCGAUCCAUUGGGGUGCAGCAGUCCCGCGGAUGGAUCCACUACAUGAUCCAUAAACCGGAGCCCCACAUCCUGCUAUUUCGACGCCCCAAAACGGAAUAGCCGCUCGCAACAACAACUGCAUCACAGAUACACAUACCCCUAUACCCACACCCCUGCCACAUAGCCUAUACCCCACAUACCUAUAUAUCCGGCAGCUGCUGCCGAUAGUUUGUAUUGGCGGUGGUGGUGGUUGCUGCGAAACAACCAACUGUUGCACAAACAUCAACAUCAUCCUCAAUAUAGGUAUUCAUGCACGAAUCCCUCUAGAAACUACUUUUUAAACUGUGCAUGCUUCGUAAUAUUCUUUUUUAAUGAUGUUUCAACUGUCUUUACCUCCUUUUAAAAUAGCACCUAGAGCUAAAGCUUAGUUUUGCCAUUUUCAUAGUCUUGGGAGAUUCGAACGAGGUUGUAUUCCUUAUUUAUUCCUCGUUGUUCCUCAAAGUUUACCAUAUUUUAUGUUGCCAUUUCGAAACGGAAGCGAAAAGAAGAAUUUUGCUCACUUUUUAUAAGCUUAAAUGAAAUCUGAUUUGUGAUCUUGAAAUUCUUAAUCAAUAAUACAUAUGUUUACACAUAAUAUAAUGAACUUAAAAUAAAUAUGUUUAAUGUAUGGAGAAGCUUGA